CUUUGGAGAUGCUCACAGGACUUCUGUGUUUCUUCUACUGAAAACACGUCCAUGUCUCAUCGUCUGACGGUUUCAUAGCCUAACUUUAGUUCAAAAUCCGUGGACACAGAGCACAUAUUUUGAGGAACCUCUCAAAAACCUCUCUUUAAGUGCGUGCGCCUUAAAGCGGAUCCAUGAGUUUGGACCGAGUUGGUAACUUCGCAUAGAACUGGUAUUUCCCUUAAUGAUGCUCUCCCUCCUGUGGCACUGUGCCUUUGUCCUCCUGGGCUUGUCAUGCUGCCUUAUGGGAGUGACAUCAUCACUGAAUCUGGAGGACCCUAACGUCUGCAGCCACUGGGAGAGUUACUCUGUCACCGUGCAGGAGUCGUACGCACACCCGUAUGAUCAGGUGUAUUACACCAGCUGCACUGACAUCCUCACAUGGUUCAAGUGCACACGCCACAGGGUGAGCUACAAGACGGCAUACCGGAGAGGAAACAAGACCAUGUACCGCCGCAAGUCUCAGUGCUGCCCUGGUUUCUAUGAGAGCAAGGAGAUGUGUGUUCCGCACUGUGCUGAGAAAUGUGUGCACGGACGCUGCGUGGCCCCCAGCACCUGUCAGUGUGAACCCGGCUGGGGAGGAGCCGAUUGCUCCAGUGCAUGUGACAGUAGUCACUGGGGUCCUCACUGCAGUAACCGGUGUCAAUGUAAAAAUGGAGCACUGUGUAACCCCAUCACAGGAGCGUGCAUUUGCACAACUGGCUACCGUGGAUGGCGGUGUGAGGAGCGCUGCGAGCCAGGUACCUAUGGUAACAACUGCCAGCAGAAAUGCCAAUGCCAAAACAAUGCCACCUGUCACCACGUCACAGGGGAGUGCACAUGCAGCCCUGGGUAUACUGGAGCAUUUUGUGAGGAUCUGUGUCCUCCAGGCAAGCAUGGCCAGCAAUGUGAGGAACGUUGUCCCUGUCAGAACGGUGGAGUGUGUCACCACGUAACUGGAGAAUGUUCCUGUCCUUCUGGCUGGAUGGGAACUGUGUGUGGACAGCCCUGUCCCGAGGGUCGCUUUGGUAGAAACUGCACUCAGGAGUGCCAGUGUCACAAUGGAGGAACCUGCUCUUCCUCCACAGGGGAGUGUUUUUGCAGUCCAGGCUACACCGGAGAAAGGUGCCAGGACGAAUGUCCGAUUGGCAAGUACGGUGUGAACUGCCGCCAGACUUGUCGCUGUGAAAAUGGAGCCAAGUGUUACCACAUUAGCGGUGCUUGUCUGUGCGAGCCAGGUUACACAGGAGAGAUGUGUGAAACCCGCAUCUGCCCAAAGGGCAUCUACGGUCUCAAGUGUGACAAGAAGUGUCCAUGCCAUGCCCCAAACACCCAAAGCUGCCACCCUCUAUCAGGUGAGUGCUUGUGCCAGCCUGGUUGGUCAGGUAUCUACUGUAAUGAGACGUGUGCACCAGGCUUCUAUGGUGAGGAGUGUCAGCAAGUGUGUCAGUGCCAGAAUGGUGCAGACUGCCACAGUGUGACAGGAGAGUGUUUCUGUGCUCCAGGCUUUCAGGGUGCACAUUGCUCUAUACGCUGUCCAGAAGGGAUGUAUGGGGUAAAUUGCUCCUCUUCUUGCACCUGUAAGAAUGGAGCCAAGUGUUCACCUGUGGAUGGAUCCUGCACAUGCAAAGCUGGGUGGUAUGGAGUGCACUGCUCUAUAAACUGCCCCAGUGGCACGUGGGGACUUGGUUGUAACCUCACCUGCAUGUGUGGGAAUGGCGGAGCUUGUAAUGCUCUAGAUGGCCAGUGUACCUGCGCUCCAGGCUGGAGAGGUGAACGAUGUGACAUGCACUGUCAGGAUGGGACGUAUGGCAUGGAUUGUCGAGAGCGUUGUGACUGCAGUCAUGCCGAUGGCUGUCACCCUGCAACCGGACACUGCCGCUGCCUCGCAGGCUGGACAGGGAUACACUGUGACAGUGUGUGUGCUGAGGGUCGCUGGGGUCCAAACUGUUCUCUGCAGUGUAACUGUAAGAAUGGUGCAUCUUGCUCACCCGAUGAAGGCACGUGUGAAUGUGCUCCUGGCUUCAGAGGCACCACCUGCCAACGCAUCUGUUCUCCAGGUUACUUUGGGCACCGCUGCAGUCAGACGUGUCCUCAGUGCGUUCAUAGUAACGGCCCGUGUCAUCAUGUGACAGGCCAGUGUGACUGUCUCCCUGGAUUUAAAGGAGCUCUUUGCAAUGAAGUGUGCCCCAGUGGCAAAUUUGGGAAGAAUUGUGCCUGGACAUGCACUUGCACCAACAAUGGUACAUGCAACCCCAUCGACGGCUCGUGCCAGUGUUACCCAGGAUGGAUUGGCAGUGACUGCUCACAACCUUGUCCUCCUGGUUACUGGGGACCAAACUGCAUCCACACAUGUAAUUGUCAUAAUGGAGCAUAUUGCAGUGCAUAUGAUGGAGAAUGCAAGUGUACACCAGGAUGGACUGGUCUUUACUGCACACAGCGCUGUCCGUUAGGUUUCUAUGGUAAAGACUGUUCCCAAAGCUGUCAGUGUCAGAACGGUGCAGACUGUGACCACAUCUCUGGGCAGUGUACCUGCCGCAGAGGCUUCAUGGGACGACACUGUGAACAAAGAUGUCCACCUGGUACGUACGGUUUUGGCUGCCGACAGGUCUGCGAAUGCCUAAAUAAUUCCACCUGUGAUCACAUGACUGGGACGUGUUACUGCAACCCAGGCUGGAAGGGAUCCCGAUGUGACCAAAUUGGUGUAAUCAUCGUAGGCAACACUAACAGUCUGACGAGUGCAGCAGUUCCAGUUGAUUCCUAUCAGAUUGGUGCCAUUGCUGGAAUUAUUGUCCUGGUGCUGAUGGUGCUCUUUCUCCUCCUCCUCUUUAUCAUCUACCGAAAAAAGCAGAAGGGAAAAGAGCCUGCGAUGCCGUCUGUCACUUAUACCCCUGCCAUGCGGGUUAACACAGACUACACCAUUGCAGAUGCAAUACCACAGACCAAUGAGGUUCAUCCCAACAGUAACUACUUCUCCAACCCCAGCUAUCACACACUGGCCCAGUGCACCAGCCCACCUCAUGUCAACAACCUUCCUUAUGGAAAAGCGAAGAACAACCAGUUAUUUGUGAACCUGAAGAAUGUGGAGCAGAGAAAAAGGCCUUCUCUGAUGGAGCACACUGGAACAUUGCCUGCUGACUGGAAACAGGGCAGCUGUUUCAAUGAGCUCGGAGCAUAUGGAGUUGACAGACGUUAUCUUGGAAAUUCUCUUCGAGAUCUGGUUAAAGGUGUACCCUGCCAUGCCAGCUCCUCCUCUCUAAACUCAGAGAACCCCUAUGCCACAAUUAAAGACCCUCCUCUUCUGCUGCCAAAGAACACAGAGUGUGGCUACGUGGAGAUGAAGUCACCUACGCAGAGAGACUCUCCCUAUGCAGAGAUACACAACUCCAGUCCUGCAAACAAAAACGUAUAUGAAGUUGAGCCAACAGUUAGUUCAGUCUACACAUCUACCAGCAACAACUGCAACGGACCAUUUGGCCAGGAUCCGUACGACUUACCAAAGAACAGCCACAUCCCCUGUCAUUAUGACCUGCUGCCCACGCGAGACAGCACGCCGUCCCCCCACAAAGAGCUGGAAAAUGAAUGAGCUCUUAGAGACCUGACCAAAACACACCAUUCCCACUGCAACCAACACACCUUCUGUGGUUCCUUCAGACUCACUUAGUGGCUUAUUAUACACUACCUGCAUAUCUCCACAUCAGUAUACUACUUUUGUAAAUUUUCUUUUUUUUUACACCCCUUUUAGUUCAGUUUAUUCUGUACUGUCAUGAUAAUCAUUCUUAAUCUUCUUCUUUCUAUUACAAUAAGAAACAUAUUUUAAUUCCUGUUUCCAGAACGUUUCUCUCAGUUAAAGUCUUAUAGCAAAUCCCAUACUGGAAAUAAGAUGGAGAUUUAUAUGAAGGAGGUGAUGUUAUAUAGCAGAUUUACGCAGUAACUUUUCUCAAACGAAUCAUUCCACUGAUGAAAACAUAUCUCUUGGAAAUACAGAGUGAACCUCAAAUUUAUUUUUGUAAAAGAGACUUAUUCAGUAUUUGAUGUUGGAAAGGAGUUUGUGAUUUGUGAGUUGAGGAUUGUGUUUUUUUAUAUUUAGAGUUAAUAUUACCAUCAUCUAUUUUGAAAAUUUGUAUUUUCUGUGCAAAACUCCAUUAUCACGGCUGUUUUAGGAGCUAAGGAUGCACCGAUCCGAUACUGGGUAUAUUAUCAGGGCUGACUUUGUUCUGAACUGCUAGAUCGGAACUGCUGGAUUUGACAUCUAAUCAUGUGGCAUCAGUGCAAUGCCUAAAAGCAUGCAGAUAUGUCAAGAUCUCAGUUAAUGUUCUCAUAAAAAAUCAGAAGGGCAAAAAAUAUCUUCUAAAGAUCUUAAUACAUUUCACUCUGACAUGGUUGUUGGUUCCAGAUAGGCUGAUUUAAGUAUUUCAGAAAGUGCUGAACUACUGUGAUUUUCACACACAUCCUCUCUAGAGACAAGAUUAGAAAAUAUCAAGGGGAUGUUUCUCUAGUUUGUAACCCUGCAGUUGACUGGAAGCGCAGGUGUCUUUCCCGUCGGCUCGAAGCAGUCUGGUCACUGUUCUCUGACCUCUCUCAUCAACAAGGUGCUUCAAUCUGUAGAACUGUGGCUUAUUUCUGAAACACACAAACCAUACCUUCUGGAACCGACAACCAGACCACGGUCAAAGUACUGAGAUGAUUUUUUUUCCACAUUCUGCAACAGCUCUUGGCCUCUAUCUGCAAAAAAUUAUACAUGCCAUGAAAGUGUCAAUACUGGGUGAGAUCGUUACUCAACAUCAGUAUCAGAUCAAUAUCACGAAUUGUUAUAUUCUCAGAUUCAGAUAUUGGCAUUAAUAUUUAAAAUGUAAAACGUGUCAUUUGGUGCAUCCCUGUUAGCAGGCUUUGUUAUCAUCCAUACUAAAUUUAACCAAAGGUAAAAGUGCCAUAAUUAAUGCUUUGUUUCUUCAUCUGUAUUGACUCUUUUGGUAUUUAUUAGAUGUCUGUUCAUCAGUUCUCUUCUGUGUAGCUCAAAGGCCUAUACUCACCAAGUCACUAAUACUGUGAUCAAAGUUACAGUUAACUUUCGAUUCCAGUUACAGUAACAAACUUCUGUCUGUAAUGACUUGAUUCCUUUUAUCCAAUCACCAGUGUUUGUCAUUUAGACAUUUUAGAUUUAGUCAUUUAGACAUUAUUUAAAUGGAAAUAAUUGAUACAACAUCAAAAUACAACCUUAAUACAGGAUUGAAAAUAAAAUGCUUAAGCUGGACUUUUGCGGUGAAGUGAAGUUGACAUUAAUAUCAAUUCUGGGUCAAGGGUUUUGUUGUAUUUGGACACAUAACCUUUUUAAGGCUUUGGUAUUUAUAUGUCAUGUGAAAGUUUGAACACAGACAGCCGACAGUCUUAACCUACUCUGAGCCAGACGUUACAUUUGUAUAAUAAUAAUGAUAAUAUGCAUUUGUAUAAUUGUAUAUAGCUGUUAUUCAUAGAAAAGAAAAGCCAUGGGACAUUGGACAUUAUGUUUGGGACGUGUGUGAAAAAUACACCCAAUACCAUGUCUCCUGGUUUUAAUGUUAAUUAGUAUUUCAUGGAAAUCUCUGCUCUGCCUUUUUAUUUAGGUUUAGUUCCAGUUAAAAAAAAAAGCCCUUACAACUUACUACAUGUCAAUUGGUAUUUACACAUGCAGAAUAUUUCAGUCAUUACCGUCCUUGAUGGUAAUCCAUAUUAGUGACUAGUACAGAUACAUUUGGCACUUAUUUCAGUACUAAGUUUACUUUUUUUUUUAAACUCCUUAUCAGGACAAAUGUUGCUUAGAAGAAUAAUACCAUUCAAUAUCAUUCAAAAUGACAUUUCUAUAUUGAUCUAUAAUUUUACACUAUUUUCUUUACAGUAAUUAGACAUUGAUAGAUUAUGGUUGGAAAUGCCAGUGCAGAAUUGUCUCAGCAGAUCUGGGAGUUUAUAUAAGUGUUAUGUAUAUAUCUUUAUUUUCCUUAAUAUUGUGUGUUUUAUAAGAACGGAAUGAAAUUGCACAGCUGUCAUCCUUUUCCCCAAAGAAAACCCAUGACAUUGGUAUUUGCCUCCAUAUUCCCACUUUUCUUACUUGCUUUGUUUUGUAUUUUAUUUUUCUGUAGUGUAUGUGUACUGUAUGUGAAAUUUGGCUUUACAAUAAAAUGACAAAAUGUG